AUGGGAAAACGACAAUUUACAUCGCAGGCUUCUAGCACUCGUGCUGCGACUAUUACUGCUCCGGGCUCUGGAUUCGGUUUUACUACAACAUCUACUAGAUUAUCAUACCUCUCGGAACCAUCAAACCUCUCUUUAAUUAGUGACGCCAAUGUCGUUGUAUCAUUUAAGAACCUUUCUAAGAAAGAUGGAACAACAAAGUCGAAAGGUUUAGAGGAUCUGCGAACAUUCGUUCAAAAUCAACCAAACGAGCAAGGAGGCAUUGAAGAGGCAAUUUUAGAAGCUUGGGUCAAUGUAUACCCUCGAAUUUCCAUAGACAAUUCACGCCGCGUCCGCGAGCUAUCUCACAGUGUGCAGUAUGAGCUUUUAAAAUCGGCUCGGAAAAGAAUGGAAAGAUAUAUACCAAAAAUUGUGGGAAGCUGGCUGGCAGGAACAUAUGAUAGAGACCGAACCGUUGCGCGAUCUGCGACAGAUGGUCUUGCAUCUUUCCUCGAUACAGAUGCUAAAAUGAAUAUGUUUUGGAAGCGUUGCCAGAACGAGAUCCUCGACUACGCCGAGGAAGCCUUAAAUGAAACCCCUUAUACUUUAAGCGACGAAAGAUCGGUCCCGACAGAAGACGCAAAUGAAAAGUACUUUAGGGUGAAUAGUGCGAGCGUGUCUCUUCUUGCUAAUCUGCUGGCCAAGCUCAGCAAUGAUGAUAUAUCCAAGCAUCAAGAUAUCUACGAAAAGGUUAUUUUCAGCAAUAAGAAAUUAUGGACUUUAGCUUCAUGUGAGGAUGCUUCUGCGAGAAAAAGUACCGAUAAAUUGCUGUUGCUUUGCAUUGAGAAGCAAACUCAACUGGUCGAAAACAACCUUGGAACUAUCAGUCGCGCAUUCAUAUCAAAAGCAUUGAGAUCACCUCAACCAACAUCUGCUUUGCAACUGUUGCAGACUUUAUACCAAUUAACCAAACAAUUUCCCCAAGUAUGGACUUCGGCAUAUAAAGGCAAACAUUCCGCCACGGACGAUUUAAAAUCUUUCGUUCGAAAAGGCUCACAAGGCUCUUCUCCUGUCUAUUGGCAGACAUUGCGCGCUCUUGUGGCAAUUUUACCAAUAGCUGUUCUACCACAAGAAUCCGGUUCUAUCUUGGAGUUUCUGGAGGUAUUCCGCAAGAGCAUCAAUCAGAGAGAGGAGCAUAAGUCCAACUCUCAUGACGCGUGGCUUGCUUACGGACAAACAUCCAAUAUCUGUAUUGGGAACCUGUCAAGUUCUGAACAAAUGGAGGUCACGCAGAAAUCCACCUAUCCUGUAUUUGAGCACUAUCUCCAUCCAUCCUCGAAUACUUCCGAGUGGCUGAUUAGGAGUAAUACCCCGUCUACGACGGUAUCAUUUUUCAUAAUCACUCUGGGAAAGAACUCAAAUCUUCAGCCGUCCUUCGGGGAAGAAUGGCAAAAGCUCGCUCAAGGUUUUAUUACGAGGAUUCAAACAUCAAUGCCGGAGCAAUCCAAGGACUAUUCAUCGUCACAAGAUGCGGUCAUCGCCGAAGGCCGCCGUUGGUUCUCGCUUUUGUCUGAAACCUUCAAGCUAAAGGACUUGGCAGCCGAUCAAAAUCCUCUUUUACAACCUUCGCGCGAUAUAGUUGAAAGUGCGCUGCAAGUCAUUAUCAACAGGAAUGGAAAACCGUACUCUGCUAGUGCGGUGUUAGAAUUCGUGCUGAGGUCCUCUCCGCAGUUAUUUGAAGCUUCUUCUUCGACCUUGGAGGCCGUAAAGACAUUUAUGGAAACUCACCUUCCCAAGUUACUUUCGUCUCCGUCGUCUUCAUACCUAGCUUCGGCUUUAGACCAAUUCCGUUCAAUCCCUGGACAGCAAAGUAGAUACAAAAAUAUCUGGCAGGCCGCUAUCGAUGCCCUAUUAUCGACCCCCGAGGACUUGCAACGGCAGAAAACUAUUACAGCGCUAAUAUCUUGUAAUGAUGUUUCGGAUUUAGUUAUUGAUAACCAGGCUCUCCAAGGUUUCCUUCUUGAAACUUCAUGCGAAGUGGUAAAAGGGAACAACGAGGGAUGGCCCUUAUUCGAAGCGGCAGUGGUUUUCAAUGGAUUUUCCAAACCAACAGAACGCUUAUUACUGCAAAGUAUGAUUUCUGCAUUAGAUGCUUCUAAUCCCAGAAUAAACCUUGUCUUUAAAGCACUCGAGUUACUGUCCAUAAGACGACCUGAAGUUAUUCGAGAAGGAAAUGCGCAUGUGGAUCUAAUCACGAAGCUUUUGGCACUGACAGAGCUGUCAGACUCUGAGCUUGGUAAACGGGCUAUAAGUUUACGAUCGUUAAUCGACAACGGAACUGGUGUGACUGCUUCCUCUGUCGUUCAUAUAAUCAAAGAAAACUUGGAAAAUGCAAAUCCUCAAACAUUGACCAUCGAUACACUUAUUCAACAGGCCGAAGCAGUUAUUGCUACCUCAGAUGAUAAUUUGCUCCACCUCGAACUCUUUCCAGAUGCCAUCAAAUGGUCUCAAGCCUUAGCUCCUCUAUUGGACCAAGUGCCAAAUCCUACUUUGGGAGUGAUGAGACCAUUUGCGGGAGCUGUGUUCUUGGUUCGUACACAAAAGGGUAGUGACAUUUCCCGACCUGAGAGAGACCUCGAUGGGUAUUCUGUAGCUCUGAGAAUGGCGAUGUAUUCGGCACGUUUAAUUCGAGAGCAUCCUGAUCGCUUAUCAAAAGAUGCUUUGGCCGAGAUUCUAUAUCUCUUGGGCUUGACUGUAGAACUAGCGAACGACCAACUGGACUUGCUAGAAACCAACAAGCUUUUCGUGUUAUCAUCCGAAGAAGCUAUUGCUGGUGCGCGCGAAUUUGUGGACAGGAUAUAUCAAGAGUCAUGGUCAUUCAUCUUACUCCAUUCGAAAGCUUGGCAAGAGGGCUUUGAAUCAGGGUCGCCACUUGAAUUUUCGGGUGUUGUUCACACCCUGGUUCUGAAGCUCUUAAAUGCCUCCUCCGGCAAUACAUCUACUUCUUUCUACUCCGCUCGUGUAUUGAGCCAUCUAUUACCCAAGCUUGUUGAACAACAUGGAUGGCCAGCGGGGAGUGAGGAAUGGAUCGUCAACCUUGAAAUUCUCAAGUCCUCUACAUCGAACGUCCUUGGGGCUGUUGCCAUCUUGACCGGGCUCCACGAAACUCUCAGUACCAGUCAGAUUGUCGGCAAUCUUUGCAAUCGGCUCAUUAGUGAUGUUGCUGGUGCCACUGCUCAGUCUGAAAAAUCUCUUGGUUUACUUGUUCUCUUGAAUGCAACAUUAUCCAUAUACGAUGGCGAUGACCUUCCUGUGGCUCAGAACAGAUUAGUAUUUGCCGUGAAGCAAAUUCUUUCAUGGACUCCCGAAAUUGCAAGCACAAACUAUCAGCUCUCUUCUGAGUCUUGUCUUGCUCUGCAGAGAUUGCUUCCAGCGAUUAAAUCAGUCUACGGGUCCUAUUGGGAUAAGACACUGGAGUUCUGCAUUAAGACUUGGGAAUCAAUGGAAAGCGAAGAGCACUACGACCAAAAGCUCCCCAUGACGGGGAUGUCUUUGAAACUAUUCUCGAGCUUGCGGAGUUUGCAAGAUGCUAAUGAUGACCUUGAGGACGCGCUAACUAAGUAUGGAGAAACUGCAUCUCGUUGCUUCAUCAAGCUCAUGAAGCUACCUAGAUUUAAACCAACACAACCAAUUGAGAUAGUCCAAUCCGCAGCAUUUGACGUCCUGCAUCGAGCCAUCCCUGCAGAGCAAGAGGAGAUUUCAGUCAAUGCCAUUCUUGAGAAGAAAGAUGCUCAAUUACCAGUGGAAUUAUUGUCUCUUCUUUUAGAUGCGCCAUCCAUCCGCAACUUUGACGACGAAGAGCUUGCAGAAUUUCCCCCUUCAAUUCGGAGCUAUUUACUUUCAUGGCAUUUAGUUUAUGACUCAUUCAGUACGGCAUCUUGGAAAGUUCGUAAAGACUAUUGCAAUCACCUCCAGUCAGAAAACUGCAUCGGGUCAUUCUUGACGUUUCUCUUCGACGUGUUAGGCCAUUCAGGAGGUGUACCUCUCAACCUCGAGAAAGCACAUUUUAAUGAAUCAUACAUCCGGAAAUAUGAUACAUCACUCGCAGAUGCUGAACCAAACGAGCGAAACAUGCAAUGGCUUCUUAUUCAUCUAUAUCAUCUAUGUCUUAAACACACUGGUGAUCUUGCCAAAAACUGGUUUUCUGACUGCCAAUCUAAGCAGACACGUCAAGCGGUCGAGACAUGGACAGAGAAAUAUUUUACUCCACUUCUGAUUUCGGAUAAGUUGGAUGAGGUUGAUGAAUGGGCAGUUUCAAAGGAAGCCAAGGAAGGAGGGGAGAAGGAGCUCGAAAUUAAAGCCUCCAAGGGCGUUCGCUCAGUCUUUGCUGGGUAUGAAAUUGAUGAUACUAGCGUUCAAAUUGCCAUCCGUUUUCCGCCCAACUAUCCCUUCUACAACGUCAAAGUCGAGGGCCUCAACCGAGUUGCCGUCCCAGAAAAGAAAUGGCGAAGUUGGCUACUCAUCGUACAGGGUGCCAUCACAUUCUCCAAUGGCAGCUUGAUCGAUGGACUGACCACCUUCCGUCGUAACGUCGAGGGUAGUCUUAAGGGACAUACCGAAUGUGCCAUUUGCUACAGUAUCAUAUCUAGCGACAAGAAAACGCCGGAUAAGAAAUGUGGAACGUUUUUGGGAGAGGCGUUUCAUGAGGGAAGAGAUGAGGGAAAGUUAUGGAAGGAGUUGCUUGGGUUUGUAGGAGGGGGAGAAUCAUGGCUUAUUUAG